CAGACCAGACGGGACCAGGCCGCCAGCAGGUCCGCCGCUUCACUCCAGCUCACCGCGCGACAUCGCAGUGCGACUCGCGCUGGGUCACCGCGCCCAGCGAGACGCGCCCCGCGGACGGCCGCCUCCGUCGGCGGCUGCCACGCCUCCCCGGCCGAGCAGCUCCACGCAGGUCAAGGUGCCGCCGUCACUUUGCCUGACCGCACGGAGGUCAACCGAGCCGUUCCGGUCACAGCGGAAGUCAUCUGACGACCGGCAGCGGCGCGAGCUGCCGCCAUGACUGCCCAGCUGUCGCAGGACGUGGGAGAAGCGAACGGGAAGCCAGUCCCGAUAGGGUCUGUGUCGGAGCAAGUUGAUGGAGGACAGAAAAAGGCCCUGGAAGACCAGGAAAAGGCGAGCCAGGAGGACCAGGAGCGGGACCAAUGGAGCAGCCCGAUCGAGUUCCUGCUGUCCUGCGUCGCGAUGUCGGUCGGCCUCGGCAACGUCUGGCGCUUCCCCUUCACCGCUUACGAGAACGGUGGCGGCGCCUUCCUCAUUCCGUACGUCGUUGUGCUGCUCCUCAUCGGCAAGCCGCUGUACUACAUGGAGCUGGCCAUGGGGCAAUUCUCGUCGUUCGGCUGUGUGCGAGUUUGGAAUGUCGUGCCCGCCGCCAGAGGUGUCGGGUACGGUCAGAUGAUCGGCACGGCGUCGGUCGUCUCCUACUACGUCGCCCUGAUGGCGCUGACCGUGUUCUACUUCGUGGCGUCGUUCUCCUCCGUGCUUCCGUGGACCGUGUGCGACCCGAGCUGGGCGGACAUGACUCGCUGCGUCGACCCCACCACCAACAUCUCGCUGCUCAACCACACGCACGGCGACGACAACCUGAUCGGCUCCACCGAGAUGUACUUCCAGAGGAACGUGCUGAACGAGCUGCCCGACAUCGACGGCGGGAUUGGCCUGCCCGAGUGGCGGCUGACACUCUGCCUGUUCGCCUCCUGGGUCAUCCUCUUUCUCACGCUUGUCAAAGGCGUCCAGAGCUCCGGCAAGGUCGCCUACUUCACAGCGCUGUUCCCGUACGUGGUGCUGAUCACUCUGUUGGUGCGGGGCCUGACGCUGCCCGGCGCCAUGGACGGCGUGCUCUUCUACCUGAAGCCGCAGUGGCACGAGCUGCUGAAUCUCAAGGUGUGGUACGCUGCGGUGACGCAGUGCUUCUUCUCGCUCUCCACCGGCUUCGGGUGCCUGGUGAUGUUCUCCAGUUAUAACGGCUUCCGUCACCCGGUGGCUAGGGAUGCGACGAUCAUCAGCAUCACUGACAUGAUGACCUCCUUCCUGGCUGGCUUCACCAUCUUCUCCAUCCUGGGAAACCUGGCGCACGAGCUGGACACCACCGUCGAUGACGUCAUCAAGGGUGGCGGCACGUCGCUGGCCUUCAUCUCGUACCCGCAGGCGCUGGCCAACUUCCCCGGAGUGCCGCAGCUGUUCGCGGUGCUGUUCUUCCUCAUGCUGUUCACACUGGGCGUGGGCUCGGCCACGGCGCUAACGGGCUGCGUCAUCACCAUCGUCUGCGACCAGUUCCCCAGCUGGGCGCGCUGGAAGGUCUCGGCCGCCAUCUGCGCGGCCGGCUUCCUCGUCGGACUCGUCUACGUCACGCCGGGCGGGCAGUUCAUCCUGAAUUUGGUGGACAACUUCGGCGGAGGCUUCAUCAUCUUCGUGCUGGCCACUGUAGAGGUAGUCGCCAUCAACUGGGUGUACGGCGUCCGCAAGUUCUGCGACGACCUCGAGUUCAUGAUCAAGACCCGGCCGAACAUCUACUGGAAGUUUUGCUGGAGCAUCUUCAUCCCGAUCGCCCUGCUGGGUAUCUUCGUGUACUCCAUUAUCAAGAUGGAGCCGUUGCGUUAUGGGAAGGUCGAAUAUCCGCCCAUCGCCAUCACUUGCGGCUGGAUCCUGACGGGAGCCGCCAUGCUGCCCAUACCGCUGUGUUUUCUGGCGCUGGUCCGAGCGCCUGACACCACCACUGUCCGCACUUGCGGCUGGAUCCUGACGGGAGCCGCCAUGCUGCCCAUACCGCUGUGUUUCCUGCAUGCGCUAUACCAGAGCCCUGAGAAGGGACUGAUCAACAAAAUCCGCCACUCGUUCAGCCCGAACCGGCAAUGGGGCCCAAUGCGCUCGGGCGACCGGCAGCAGUGGCUGCUGGCCACCGGCCGCGAGGCGCAGCUCGAGGGCACGCAGGCCAACCUCAACGCCGCCUUCGUGGCCAGCAGCACCGCGCUCGACGGCGCCGGCACCGGCGACGAGCCCGAGGCCGAGCAGGAGCAGCGUACCAAGCUCUAG